AUGAGCGGCCGGCAGCGAUAUGCAAGCCUGCCUGCCUUCCUUGUACUGGUGGUGGUUGUGAUGGUGGGCAGCCAUGCCCUGCUCAUGGAUACGUGUGACGGCAAACCUCACCAGGUCACCCUCAACACCCAGGCCAAGGCUUAUAUUGGGUUGCAUGUAUAUGACUCCUGCGGUCAUGGAGACAGAGCUGUGGCUGGCUUAGGGGAGGUGUUCCCAGUGGUGCGUGAGGGACCAUCAGCAUGUUCUCCUCUCAGUAAUGAUACUCUCCUUGCCUUGGGUGUGGUAGAUCUUACAGGUAUCACCUCCACCCACCAGAACCUGGCACGCCUGCUGCAGAAGUACCAUGUUCCUGUCGUCAAUGUUGCUGCUCCUGUGCUCAUACCACCAGAAGAACGAGGGCAGGCAGUGAUGAAGUUUUUGAGUAUGCUCAAGUGGGAAGCUACCAGCAUAUUGCUAGCUGACGAGGAGUACUCUCUCUCUGUUGUUAAGGUUGUUACUGAGAUGGCAACAGCACAUAAUAUCUGCCUUAGCAAUGUGGUGAGAAUACCAUCACAGCUGCAUGAUACAAGCUCACAAGAUCACUCUUCAACAGAGGCGGCGCUGAAAUAUAGAAACUUGGUGCGAGCAGCUUUGAAUGAUGGGCAGACUUCUGGAGUGGUGGUAGUGGCUAGUGGUAACAUUCUUUCUCAGAUCUUUGUAGCUAUCAAGGCUGAAAGCUCCCAGACUCGAAAGGUGUAUUGGUUGUUUUCUGACCUUCUGGAGGAUGAGCUGGACCAAGUUCGUGAUGUGACCAGGUUUACUAAGGGCUUAUUUCUUAUUGCUAAUUCUCCUCCUGCUCUUGAAGAAUUUGAAGAUCAUUGGAAAAGACUGCAGGAUGUCAAUUUAGAGCAAACUUCAGAAAAUGAGUGGGUAUUAGGCUAUCUACAACAAGAAAAGGGAUGCCACCUAGAUGGACUGCCCUUCUCUCUAUCAAACAAUGAUGGUGCUCCGCCCAAGCAGUUGCCUGUUUGCCGCUCCUUCCGUAUGCGAGAUGAUGACCUGGAUGUUUUAGCUCGGACAAGAGCUGCUCUUCCUGCAAUUCAUGGCUUGUUUACAUUUUUCACAGCAAUGAAGAAUGCUUGGAGGCUAAAAUGUAGAAAUAGUCGUGGUGUGUGUGAAGGGUUGCAGGAGAUGGGCAGAAAGGAGUUACUGUCAGACUAUUUAGCCCCACUAAGGUUCCAGCAUAAUGGGCCAGGAACACGCAGCCUCACUAGUCUCACUGGUGGCAAGCGACGGAGUGACUCAUCGGGGAAGCUCUCCGAAACGUCUCUUGGGCUCUACAUCUUGACUGAUUCUGGAAACUUCAGUGUUGCUGUUCAUCAGGUCAUGGUAGUGGAGAACUCGACCCUUCAUGUGAUGGAUGACUCGCUCAUUCCGGAUGAAGUUAGUUGUCCACGAGGUGUUUGUACCAGCUGCCUUAAAACCCCCAGUGAGCAGACACAGAUCCGAAAUGUGACAUUGGAAGGAGUGACACAGAAACAUGUAUUGUUGCCGUCUCCAGAUCACAUAGUUGUAGCUGCACUUUUCCCCAUUCAUCGUCCUUCUCGUGAUGGUGCAGACUGUAGUGAGACUAUCAAUGGAGAGACCAUGCAAGAGGUGGAAGCAUUUCUCUGGGCUGUGGAUCAGAUCAACCAGCACCAGAAGUUGUUGCCAGCUACAACACUUGGGGCAAUUGUUCUUGACACCUGUGGAUCUAGGAUCCGCACAAUGAACCAAGUGACGAGCCUUGUGAAGAGUUCUCUUCCUGGGAUCAACAUUGAUGUCAGUGACAUCCAAACUUUCAUAACAUCACUUGACCCAGAAACAGCAAGAGUAACAGGUGAUAUAUUGUCCUCUCUCAAUAUUACCUCCAUUAACAUGGGGCCAUCACAAGCACACUCUCCUUAUGCAUUGCAAAUGAGCCCACCUGUUAAUAUGGAAGCAGAAGGAUUGGUUCAGAUGCUGAGAUUUCUGGGUUGGGAUUAUGUGUCACUGGUAGUAUCAUCAGAAGAUCCCGAGGCUAUGGCUGGUGCCGAAGCCUUCAGGACGGUCGCUCAGGCAUCACGCGUGUGUUUGGCUCAAGAUAUUAAACUGAUGCCACUGGACCCUCCAGCAAUGACCACUCUGGCUGAUCAGAUUGUGGAACAGCUGACCGAGAAAGCAGUGGCUGGUGCCCGUGCCACUGUUCUCUUCCUGACCCUGAAUGACACGAGGGACUUGCUUGGUGCUGUUAAGAGAGCAGUCCGAGCCCACCGCUUGCUUAAACACCAGCUUGUCUUCUUGGGGACUUCCACAUGGGGUGAUCACAAGGAUAAGUUACGUGAGUUCGACUCUGAACUUGGCGGAGCACUAGUACUGAGAGAUGGCCAGCAGGAUGUAAAGGACUUCAUAGCUUAUUACAGGCUUCUCAGCCCUGAGAAAAACACUCGAAAUCCAUGGUUCAGAGAAUACUGGGAACAGGAAUUUGGAUGUGUAGGAUCUGCAUGCAAGUCAGGAUCCAACCCAAUGCCUGUUGUGCCAUACGAAUCUGUACCCUCUACUCCAAGGGUUGUUCAGGCUAUGUUUUCCUUUGGUGCAGCCCUCACACAGCUGAUAGGUCACCUGUGUCCCCAGCAUGAUGGAAAAUUAUGUCCAGGCUUGCCAAAGUGGAGGCAAAGGACUGUACUCAAUGAGUUUCUACGCAACACAGAGGUCUCCCGGGUGGAUAAGCCCUCAGAAUAUUUUCAGUUUACUGAAAACUUCCAUGGCAAUGCUCCACUAGAAGUCUUAAACCUUAUGCGCUUUACAGAUCAGAAACCUAUCAAGUAUAAAUAUGAGAAGGUUGGCAGAUAUGUGGACAGUGGAUUGACUCUCGGGAAUGCCAUGGUAGAAUACCACAAUGGCUCAGUCACUCACAUGAACCAGUUGCCUUCCUCUUGUACAACAGGCUGCUCCACGUGCAACCAUCAUGAAGCAGACUAUCUCUUUGUUGACUCUCCAGACAAACUUUAUGUUGUAGCAACCUUGAAUGUACACCAGAAGGGCAACCGUCCUCUGGAAUGUGGUGGUUUGAAUGGCGACAAGGGUAUCCAGAGUGUAGAAUCGUUGUUAUGGUCUCUAGAUCUCCUCAACUCGGACAAGAAAAUCUUACCAGGUGUGACACUCGGUGCUAUAAUCCUAGAUGCAUGUACCAGCAAGGAGAAAGUUGUAAGAGAUGUAACCAAUUUCCUCACUGGUCGUAUUCCCGAGAGGAUGAGAAAGCAGGUACCAUCCUCUAACAACAUUGUUGGUCUGAUAGCUGGUGGUACAGGAGAUGAAGUGAGGCAAGUGAUUGAUGUGACCCAACCUUAUGGUGUUACAACAAUUGCAACACAAGCUUCCAACAGUGUGUACUCCAAUACUCGCCGAUUUCCUGUACUUUUACGCUUGGCUCCCCCUAAUGAUGUUAUGGGAGGUGCCAUCACAUCGCUUCUGCUUUAUUGGAGGUGGGAGGUGUUUAGCGUUGUAUACUCCGAUGGCGGUACGCCCGGCGACAUACACAAACAUCUCCUUCGAGAAACUGAGGCACACAAUCUGAAAGCUGCCAUAACUGAACCAGUACCACUUAAGGUUGACCAGAUAGAAUACAUGAUGGGUGUGUGGCACAAGUUGGCUGAGGCAGCCCAGCAGGGAGCCAGGGCCAUUAUUUUGUUGCUGGAGAAUCACCAUGCAGCGCUGUUUCUCCAGGCUGCAGCUAAACUUCGCAGUGAAGGGCUUUUGCAUCUUGGUGACUUUGUCUUCAUUGUUGCAGACUCUCCUCUGCCCUUUAUAAAACAAGAGAGUGAAGCACUUGGCAUGGUAGUGAUGCAACCUGUCAGUGGUGCCGUACAGGAGUUCCAGACUUACUUCAAGAGCCUGUCACUUGCCAACCACACAGCAUACCCGUGGUUCCAUGAGUUCUGGGCAGAGGUAUUUAAAUGCCAAGGUGCAGGGUGUUUCACUGGGUCGGCACACAAUCUCUCUGGCUACAAAUUCCACCAGGCUGAAGAUGUGGUCAACACCAUGAAUGCAAUGUCUCUUAUUGGUCAAGGACUCGACAGGUGGCGGAGGGAGGCAUGUCCAGGUGUGUCAAGUGGUUCUUGUGAUGAGAUAACAAGAGAUUUCCACUACAGAGACAAGAUGUUCCAAUACACUCGCUCUGCCAACAUACGUGGAGUGGAUGGGCACCGCGUUGCCUUUACUGUUGAUGGCCAUAACCGUGCUGCCACACUCCAGGUCUUAAACUUUCGUCAUGUUAGUGCUCGGCAAGGUGCUGGCCUCGUGCAUGUGGGCACCUACAAUGAGGAGGAUGGACUGGCCCUUAAUGGAUCACUGGUCAUUACAUAUGAUGCAGAGGGAAAAGAGAGAGCCAUGACAGAGAUUAAGUCACAGUGCAUUGACUUUCAGGCUUGUGGGGAUGUUGCUGUUGUAUCUAAACCAAUCAGGAAAAAGUCACACUAUUUACAGAUGUUCCCCAAGCAGCGGUUUGGCAUUAGUGGUCUAGUUCCAUAUCAUCACAAGGGCCACACCUUCUUUUCAUGUGGGGGAUUCUUCAGUGAAGGAAUCUUCCAAAAUGUUGCUGCAAUUGCUUAUGCAUUAAGCAAGAUUAAUAGCAAUGAUGUAGGAGUUGGUCUGGGAGCCAUCUUGUUUGAUUACUGUGAUAGAAUAGAGAGAGCCAGAGAAAGAUUCUUCAGCUUUUUCUCUGGAGAAGCUUCAGAGAGUGAUGGCAACAUUGUUUUGGGUCCCAAUAGGAUUGUAGCAUCUAUUACAUUUGAUGAUGAUGCUGCAGAAGCAGUCUCAAAUAUUCUCUCUUCAAACUACAUUCCUCACUUUAGCUCUCCAGUUGGUGGGCAGAAGCUAUCAGAUCGUACAGACCACACAAUUCUCACAAGUGUUCCAUCCAGGACAGCUGAACUACGAACAUUCUUGAGUAUCGUAAAGUCAUACAACUGGAAAUUUGUCAGUGUUGUUUAUGACAAUGAUGACACAGGUAAAUUCCUUAUGGAAACCUUUAGAGAAUUUGCUUUGAAAGAAGAUGUUUGCCUCGGAGAUUCUCUCGGCGUUCCAAAGCGUGUGUCGGAAGAAUAUGCCCAAGAGCUGAUUGAAACAUUGGCUGUGUCAUGGAAGCCCAGAAUAAUCAUACUUUUAAUGGAUGCUGCAGAUAAUAUAAGGACAAUUUUGAAAGUAGCUCAAAAGCUUGAUGAAGAUGAAAGGUUUACCUUUAUUGCUGGAAGUGCCUGGGGCAACAAACCAAGUGUAACAAAAGAUUUAGACAGGAUCUCAGCUGGGGCAUUAACCUUUACGAUGGAAACUUAUGAUCUUCCAGAUUUUAGAUACUAUGUUUCAAAUUUGACUCUCCAGAAACAUGAACCAUUCCCAGAUGAAUGGUUUGAAGAAUAUUUUCAGAACAAGUUUGAAUGUAGAUUAUCAUCUAGUGAGAGAGUUGAGAGACAGUAUAUAUCAGAAUGCUUAGGAACGGAGCACGUUCGCGCAGAUGAUAUUGUUCAAGAUCCUUAUGUCUUCCAUACAAUCUUAAGUAUUAAUGCUAUAGCACAUGGAUUAGAAUCUUAUAUCACUAAACAGUGUGCAGAAGCUGAGACAAUUGAUGAUUGCAAUAUUGUGCAAGCUGAACUUUUGUUAGAAAUUCUGCAACAAAGUGAACUAACAUUAAAUAAUACAAGUGAAACAAAUUCCCGUGGCCAAGCUGAUGCAUAUGGAUAUCAUAUUUGGAACUACAGAAAAUUAGGCAGAGAUUAUGGAUAUUUAAGUGUUGGAAAGUGGGAGAAUAGUAAAUUGCACUUAGAAAAGCCAAGUAUAGAAUUUAAAAUUGGAACUUAUGCACCAGAUUCCUUAUGCAGAGAGGGAAUUUGCCUUGAAGUAUGUUCCUCACAGUCAACUGUAUAUGCAGCUAUGGCUCUCCCAAAACCUCUUCCUAUAGAUGCCAACUUCUUCAAUGUCUAUGGUAUUACUACAGGAACAAUCAGUCUCCUUGGAAUAAUAGUUAUCUUGAUAACAAUGGUGUAUUUCAUGAUGUCUUUCCCCACAGCAACUGGCACAUCAGUGUUGGGCUACAUGAUACUUAUUGGCUGCCUAAUGCUAUAUGCAGUCAAUUUUGCUUUCCUCUUCCAGCCAACUGUUGGCACAUGUGCUGUCAGAAGGUUUCUUAUGGGUGUGGCAUAUGCCACUGUCUUUGCUGCCAUGUUAGUCAAAGUCAUACAUACUUGGAGAAUCAUGACUUGUAGCCGGAUUAGUGGUGACCCAGAUGUCUUGGCCAAGCCUGGUGGGCUUUUACUGAUAUCCUUGGCCCUAGCUUUAGUGCAAGUCACGCUUGGUGCUGCAUGGCUAAUCCUCUACCCUCCUGGUAUUGACCUGACAGGUGCAACAUGGCGAUGCACACCAACUGAUCAGUUUGAGGUUGAGCUUGUGAUUUCUCUGGUGUAUGUGAUGGUUCUUAUUGCAGCCACUAUUCUUUUCUGCUUUGAAACGUGGCAUGCAGACGAAACCUGUAGAGAGACACGCUGGAUACUGUUGGCUUCCCUUUUCACAAGCAUUACUUGGUGUGUAUGGACAGUAGUUGCAACACAGGCACCUAUUCACUUUAGGGACCCAUCUAUUGUCAUUGGAAAUCUUGUGUCUGCUACAUCUGUGAUGCUGCUCCUGUAUGCUCGAAAGAUGUAUCUGUAUAGUCAGUUAAGCAGGGAUGUGAAGGAUUUGGAAAUGAGAUCUCACUACACAGCUGCAACAUCACUGUACAAUGCUUCUCUCAAUGCUCACACACAAAAGACGGCAGAAAAUAUACCAAAGACUCCAGGAAUGGACACAAGUGCAGGAAUGCCUGGCAGACAGUUUGUGGGUGAUCAGGAGGUGAGUUUCCGGACAGUGACCCUUCCUCCGGAAACACCACAGAGCCGACAUUCCUCAUAUCACUCCAAUACAUCUAGACACUCCCUUCGGCGUUCACUCUCUGAUGAGCUUCCUGAGGACCUUACUUUUGAUGUUGAGUCAUCAGAAGAAGAAUUUCCUGUGGAUGCUCAUCACCUUAGUGAUGAUAACGAUCUAGAAGGAGCAGUCAGGGGAUUUAGUGAGAACCGAAGUGGAGUGUCAGAGCGGGAUCGGCUUCCCUCCAUCCGCCGUGUGGGUUCUAGACAAAUGCUGGUUUUUCUUACCGAUGGUAACACAAUAGGUGAAGUUUCAAGAAUAUAAGGGUACUUACUGCUUUCUUUGGGUUAGAUUGCACUAAGGUACGUAAUUGUUUAGUAAUAUUUAUAAAAUAACAAGAAGAAUAGACCUUUUCCUCGAUCCAAAUGUCACUGUAUUUGGAUUUUGACUGUUCAGGAUUCUUACUAUAUUUCCUACUUAAGCAUAUGUACUUAGGUAUGUCAGAUCUAUUACUCCAGAUUAUUUAAUAGAAAUUAUUUUUAAUUUUGAAUAGUGUUGUGCCAGUAUACCGAGUAUUGUGUAAGAAUGGUAUAUAAUACCGACAAGAUGAAAUUAAGACACAUGUGCAACAUCUGGGUAUCUUUAUUGUAGACGUUUCGCCAUCCAGUGGCUUUAUCAAUACAAAUUCUAGGACAUAACUUGAAGACAGUAGAACUAUGUACAGAAGAUGAGGUA